GUAAAAACAGGCUUGUGUCUAGACGAAUGGGCAUCAGAGAAAUCGAAGUAGCUGGCCACAAACUUAUAAUACACGAGCAGGACAACGUUUACGACUCGCUCACAGGUCGCGCACUCACCGGUGCAUGGCUCUGGGACUCUGCUGUAAUCUUAGCUCAUUAUAUGGCAACCCAUUUGGACUUUCAAACCAAGUCCGUGCUCGAGCUCGGUGCCGGAGCCGGCCUCCCAGGACUGACAGCGGCUAGGCUUGGGGCCAGCCGGGUCGUUCUCACGGACGUUAAGCCGUUGCUUCCCGGGUUAACAAACAACGUUAAGGCCAAUGGGUUAGGAGACCGAGUUGAAGUAAGGGAACUGGUGUGGGGAUCGGAGGAGUCAAAACAGAGUGAAGUGGGGGAGUUUGACUUUGUCUUAAUGAGUGACGUAUUUUUUUAUCCGGAGGACAUGGUGGGGUUGGGAAAGACGUUGAAGAGCGUGUGUUACCGUAGUAACACUUGGAUUUGUGCAGUGAGCGAGGUAAGGCCGUGGACGGGUGAUUGCUUAAACGAGCUAGUGAAUCAAGGUUUUAGAGUUACAGAGUUAGAGAGUAAACUCGGCAGUGGUUCAUCCGGCGAAGGCAAAGAUAAUUUGGACGCGUUCGCUGUGUUUCAACUAAUAUCACCACUUCAAGAAAAUUGCCACGAGACUGACAUAUUUAUUUGAAUGAUGUGUCAAACACUGCUGUUUGUUUAAUGAUUAAAAGGGAACUAUA